UCUCGGAGUAUCGUUCGUACCGUGUCGAUACUUGCUUUUUUAAAAGUUUAAAAGUCCAUCGUUCGAAAGGGUUUUGGUUUUCAUUUUUUUUGUUUACGAAAACAACCCUUUAAUAUAAGUUUUCGGUAGUGAAAUGACAUUCUCAGAUAAAUAAAAUUAUCGAGUUCCAUUUCAUUCGAAACGAUAGUGCACUUAAUUAAAAAAAUUUUUAAAAAAGAGUAAAAAGAAGAAAAGAGAAGAAGAAAAACCGUGAUUUCUCAAGAAACGAGUGCGUAUAUUUGACGGGGGGAGUGUGUGAGAUUCGAUUCUGAGGAUAGAAUGCAAGGUUAUCAAAGGAAUUUUGAAGAUGAACAAAGGGAUCCGAAGGAGGAGGAGACGAUAGUGGUGGAUCUUGUACCUCCUCAGUAUCAACUCAGUCCUCCGGAAAGUCCGCCGCCGGGGAACAUGCCAAAAACACCUGAAAAAGAUACGUCAUCGCAGAACCAAUCAUUGUCCUCAAUGGACCCAAAUAUCAGAAGGUACAGGACGGCUUUCACUAGGGAACAGUUAUCGAGAUUAGAGAAAGAGUUUCACAGAGAGAAUUAUGUGAGCAGGCCAAGAAGGUGUGAAUUAGCCGCACAAUUACACCUGCCGGAAUCCACAAUCAAGGUUUGGUUUCAAAAUCGUCGAAUGAAAGAUAAACGUCAAAGGAUGGCAAUGGCAUGGCCCUACGCCAUGUACACGGACCCAGCGCUCGCUGCAACUCUCUUGGCCGCGGCAACGGCGUCGUUGCCUCCGCCCCCUUACCAUGGGCCACCGGGCAUACCACCGACCCAUCUGGCUCCGAGUUACCCCGCAGCCGCAGCUGCGGCUUACUACGCGGCGAGGUAUACGCCGUACCCAUCCCCGGUCACAGGCACAGGUUCGUCGGCUCUCCACAGGCCCCAUCCGCGCGCAGCGGCCGCUUAUCCUGCGCACCCUCACCUUCUUCAACCUCAUCCGUCGCUCCAACCCCUGCAUUUAUCCGGCCUGGGCGUUCCCACAGUCGGCAACACCGCCUUCCAGAUGAACAGCCCACCCUCGAACACCUCCACCACGUACAGGCCGAACUUGCACUCGGAGAUGAGUCCGGUCCAUUCCGACGCGUCGAGCGACUGCGACUGCGUCGGAACGCAACCACACCACGGGCAACAGCACAUGGAUGGAAAGAGCCCGCCAUCACCCAAUAUAACUCACGUCAACCAACAAGUUUCAUCCAAAGUACAACCAACGGGAAUCGGCAUUAACGGUUUGCCGAGCAGUAUUCAAACAAUCGGUGUGUUCGAGGGGAAGAAUUCGUACAGUGCUAUAAUGGGAUCGCCCACGAAGAUGGAACCACCAAAACUAUUCCAGCCAUACAAGAACGAUAUAUCCGAGAGAGCGUAAGAACGAUUGGACGAGAUUUUUUUUUUUUUUUUUUUUUUUGUCUCUCUCUCCUUUCUCCACGGUUCGAACAAUAAUUUCGAACAGGAGAAAGAACGGGAAUAGUUCCCGUUGAAUAGUUUUUAAAAAUUAUUUAAAAGAUUUUUUUUCAAAAAAAAAAUCAAGUUCUUCAAAGCUGGUUGUGUUACACAUGUGUAUAUAAUUAUGUUGUACAUAGUCGAUGUUUAGUUAAUAUAUCUCGUAUAAAAAAUUGAUCUUAUGAAUUCAAGAUAAUUAAUUCUUAAUCUGGUCAUAUUAAAAUUUCUUCUGUUAAAGAAGAUAGGAAAAAAUAAAAUACGCGAAAAGACUGUUAACGAAGCGUGAAUUAAACUUAUAUGUCGGAUUCGAAAUAUUUUAUUUUUUAUUAAUUUAUAUUGAAAUUUCCGGGAGAUUCAGAGAUUUAGAACGAUUUAAUUUUAAUCUAAUUAUAUUGAAAUUUCUUACAUUAAGAACUUAAUAUUGUACAAUAUUUGUUUCAAUAAAAAUUGAAUCAAAAUAUAAUAGAAUCGAGAAUUUUUUAUUUAUAAUUUGAUGAAAUAUAUUGAAUUGUUUUGUGUAAAACAUAAAUAUUUGGGAGUUGAACUGCCAAUAGGAUCGAGACUGAAUGCAAAUGUAAAUAAUAUUAAGGGUAUCGUAAAAUAAAAAUUGUACCUGUUAAUAAUUUUAAAAAAAUCGGCGUCCGAAUUUUAUAUAAUUCGAAUCUGUAAUAUAUAAAAAUAGUACUUAAAUGUUUCGAUAUAAUUAGAUGCUUAACGUUUUUUAUCUCUGAUUUUUUAUAAGAAUAUAAGAAUUUUAAUUAAUUUAUCAAUUUAUCUGAUAAAUUUUUGUAGCAAAUUUUUAGCAAUUAGAAUAUUUUGUAUCAUUUAUUCAUUCGUUAUUUAGAGCAAUAUAUGUAUAUUCGCGAUCGAUCGUCUAUAUACCAAAGUAUUUAUAUCACUAUAUUGUUAAUAUUUAUAAUUAAGUAUUCGUGUUCGUUCAAAAAUACAAAUAGAUAACAUCGUAAAAUAAAAAAUAAAUAUAAAUAUAUAUAAGAUAUAUAUAUAAGAUAAGCAAAAAAGAAAAAAAAAAUACUAUAUAUACAGUUACACCAAAAAGUCAUGAAAUCGUUAAGUUAUUAAGCUGUUAAAUUAUUAAGUCUAUCUUCAAAAAAAGAAGAAAAUAGAAACAUACCUGAUAAAUUUUUCGUUGUUCUGAUCGUCGACUAUUUUGUACCUAAUAUAUCGAAUAAUAUGACCAUUUUAUAAUUAAUAAUCUGUAAAUGAAUAAUAAACAAAAAGUAUAAAUCUAGUUAUAAGUUUCACUAAGUCGUUUUAUAGAUAAAUAGAUAAUUAUUUAAUAAUUUUAAUUAAACAGGUAAUUUUCAAUAAUAAAAACAUUCGUACGUUUCGCCAAAUUGUUGUUAAAAUCAACAAUCGAUAAGAAUAAAUUUAUUCAUAGUAAAAUAAUAAAAAAAAAAAUAUUAUAAGAAGUGAUUUUAAAUUCUAUGUAUUUAUUUCCUACACUAUAUCAUGUAUUAUGGAAAAAAUAUUUCUACACAAAAGUAGAUUAUAUUAUUUAUUUUUUUUUCCUUCGUGUCUUAGAAAUAUUACUAGCAUCGUAUGUACAUAUUUUUAUACUUAUUUUAAAUAAUUUCUGUAUUAUUUCUAUAUUGUUAUGUUUUUUUUGUAUUUUAUGUGAAUAACAAUAAAAUUAAUCGUUGAACUAA